UGGAGGUGGUGGGGGAGGAACGGGCCGGGCCGCCGGGACCGUGCGAGACGGGGCCGCCGCCUCCUCUGCCUUCCUGAGUGCCCCGCACCAGCAGCGUGCAGCUCGGCUCCGGUACCGGCGGGCUGCGGGACCCCUGCCCCGGACCUGCAAAAAUGAAGAGAAGGACAGAACCUGAAUUUAGCAGCCCCCAAAAGAAGCAGAAGAAGAUAGAAGACUUGGGAUUAACCCUCAGUUCUACUUCAGAUGAUGAAACUCAAUGUAGUAAUCAUACUACUCAAGAGUCUUCCAGUAGCAGCAGUGGGUCUGAGAGUGAGAACGAUGAAAAAAGACCAGUCUUCAGCAAUGAGUUCAAACAAGACUCUCUUGUGGAGGGUACUUCAUCUCGCUACUCAAUGUAUAACAGUGUCUCCCAAAAGCUCAUGGCCAAGAUGGGCUUCCGGGAAGGAGAAGGUCUGGGAAAAUAUGGCCAAGGCAGGAAGGAUAUUGUUGAGGCCUCCAACCAGAAGGGAAGGAGAGGCUUUGGCCUGACCCUCAAAGGAUUUGAUGGGGAGCUCAAUAUCGAUUGGCAGGAUGAGCCAGAGCCUAGUGCCUACGAGGAGGUAGACUGGUGCCUCGAGUGUACCACGGAAAUCCCUGAUGCCCAGGAGCUGAAGGAGUGGAUGACUGUGGGGAAGAGGAAGAUGGUGAUUGAAGAUGAAACAGAGUUCUGUAGUGAAGAGCUUUUACAUAAUGUCCUGCAGUGCAAGAGUGUAUUUGAUGAGCUGGAUGGAGAAGAAAUGCGUCGAGCCCGAACACGAUCUAACCCAUAUGAGAUGAUCCGUGGAGUUUUCUUCCUGAACAGGGCUGCAAUGAAGAUGGCAAAUAUGGACCAUGUCUUUGACUACAUGUUUACGAACCCGAAGGACUUCCAUGGGAGGCCUUUGAUAAAGGAGCGAGAUGCAGAGCUGCUCUACUUUGCUGAUGUGUGUGCUGGUCCUGGAGGCUUCUCAGAGUAUGUCCUGUGGAGGCGGAAGUGGCAUGCGAAAGGAUUUGGCAUGACAUUGAAAGGACCAAAUGAUUUUAAGCUAGAGGACUUCUAUUCUGCCUCCAGUGAGCUCUUUGAACCUUAUUAUGGAGAGGGAGGGAUUGAUGGAGAUGGAGAUAUCACUCGUCCAGAGAACAUUACGGCUUUCCGGAAUUUUGUUUUGGACAACACUGAUCAAAAGGGAGUGCAUUUCUUAAUGGCUGAUGGGGGUUUCUCAGUGGAGGGUCAGGAGAAUCUGCAAGAAAUCCUGAGCAAACAGCUCAUGCUUUGCCAGUUUCUUACAGCACUGUCCAUUGUCCGGACAGGAGGACAUUUUGUCUGCAAAACCUUUGACCUCUUCACUCCAUUCAGUGUGGGACUUAUUUAUCUGCUGUAUUGCUGCUUUGAGCGAGUGUGCAUCUUUAAACCUGUGACAAGCCGUCCUGCCAAUUCGGAGAGGUACCUGAUAUGCAAAGGCUUAAAGGUGGGAAUUGAUGAUGUGCGGGACUAUCUCUUCACGGUGAACAUUAGACUCAACCAGCUGCGUAACUCAGAUGUAGAUGUGAACCUUGUUGUCCCACUGAAUGUGAUCAAAGGCGACCAGGAUUUCUACGAUUACAUUGUCCAGUCCAAUGAAAACCACUGCAAAGUUCAGAUAAAGGCAUUAGCGAAAAUUCGUGCCUUUGUUCAAGACACGACGCUGAUGGAGCCACGGCAGGCUGAAAUCCGAAAGGAGUGUCUCCAGCUAUGGGGGAUUCCUGAUCAAGCUCGUGUUGCACCUUCAUCUUCAGAUCCAAAGUCCAAGUUCUUUGAGCUGAUCCAGGGGAUGGACAUUGAUACCUUCAGCUACAAACCAACACCUCUGAAUUCCAGUACACUGGAGAAAAUUCGCCAAGUGUUAGAUUACCGGUGUAUGGUGUCUGGAAGUGAGCAGAAGUUCCUCUUGGGGCUAGGGAAAUCACAGAUCUACACUUGGGAUGGUCGCCAGUCAGAUCGCUGGACAAAGCUGGAUUUGAAAACGGAGCUGCCACGAGAUACCCUUCUCUCUGUGGAGAUUGUUCAUGAGCUGAAAGGAGAGGGGAAAGCCCAGAGAAAAAUCAGUGCCAUCCACAUCCUUGAUGUCUUGGUGCUGAAUGGAAGCGAUGUUCGAAAGCAGCAUUUCAACCAGAGGAUUCAGCUGGCAGAGAAGUUUGUCAAAGCUGUGUCUAAACCUAGCCGGCCAGAUAUGAACCCCAUCCGAGUGAAGGAAGUUUACAGACUGGAGGAAAUAGAGAAGAUUUUUGUGAGAUUAGAGAUGAAAGUCAUCAAGAGUUCAAGAGGAAUACCCCGGCUGUCCUACACUGGCCGAGACGACCGGCACUUUGUGCCCACAGGACUCUACAUUGUACGGACUGUGAAUGAUCCCUGGACAAUGGCAUACAGCAAAAACUCCAAGAAGAAAUUCUUCUUCAACAAGAUAACCAAGAGCACGACAUACAACCUCCCUUCUGAAUCCAUUGCACCCUUUCAUGUCUGCCAUUACAGCCGCCUCUUUUGGGAGUGGGGGGAAGGUGUCAAAGUGCACGACUCUCAGAAAAGGCAAGAUCCAGAGAAGCUAUCCAAGGAGGAUGUCCUGUCUUUCAUCCAAGCGCACUUCCCCUAACUCUGCUCCCUUGAGAGGUGCAGGGGAGGCUGAGCCCAGCUUUGAUUCUUCAGGGACUGAUGAGACUGGAGCGCUCCACAACUUCUAUCCUGGUCUUCUCCAGAGCUGAUUUUCUGGAGGUGAUUAAACCAGCAUGUUGUAUGCAGAAGGCACAGAACAAGGCUCUACCCUGGCAGUGUAUAUGAGUAUGGCCCAGGUAGCGCCUGCUGCUGGAGUACGCAUGGUGACCCCUGGAGCCAUGGCUGAAUGCCCUUUUGUUCUGACCUACUGCAUGCAUGAGGCCAAGGGGCUGGCAGUUUUGUUUGCUCCUGUUCAAACAUUCAGUGAGGUUUGUGGAAUGCUGUGUGUGUGCCAGAACUCUCCAGGCUUACGCUUCCCUGGCAGUGUGGGAAAGAGAUGUCUUGGUGGCAGAGCUGGGCCACAGCACACUGAAGGGGCCCUGCAUCGUUCCUGGUAGUUACCUGUCUCCUUGGCCCAUCAAAGGCCUACACUACCCAGUGGAGCAUGUUAACUCAUUGGUGAAUGCUGGGUUUGGGAUGCAAGUAUGUAUUCUUGCUGGUGUCUCCAACAUUUCUGCUUAUCAAGGCACUUGGCUGCCCACUGACAAUUCCUAUGUGAUGGUAUCCUGUUGGACAAAGGCCAGUGCAGAUGAUGAGUAGAGUUCCUGGCACAGAUUUGAUAUACUCUAUGCCAAGGCUUUCUCAGACCUCUAGAAGCUGCUGUGAUGAGGAUUUCCCCUCUCCAGGUCAGUGACUGAUCCUGAGCCAGCAGUCUGUGGUUAAUUUGUGAACAUGUCUAUGCCUCAUACUUCCAAGACCAAGGUGCUUUAGUUCUUGGUACUCUACACUAUUACCCACAUCUUCAGGGAAGAAAGUGGAUGCAGAAGGAAGACAAAGGAAGGUUGCAAUGCUGGAGGUCUUUAGAGGGAGUGAUGGCAAUGGCUUAGUUAAAAAAAAAAACAAAAACAGGGCUUCCGUGAAAAGAGAUCUUGACUUCAACCAUGUUGGUCAGAACUUCAAGCAUCUCAACUUCAACCAUGAAGACAGAAGAAAUCCUGUCCCCUGACUGUGCCCACUGAAGCGUUACCUGACUUUACUUUUUAAAUGUCAAAGCGGGCUUUGAAACUCUUCAUGUCUCAUUGAGCCCUGGAAUGGCAUCUGGGGUGAAGGCACAAAGCUGUAAAACUGUCAGCAUGGUAUUUGUGUCAACAGUGCUCCAUGUGCACUUAGGAGCUGGGUUCAUAGUUGUCUUCUGCUGCAUGUUUUACCUUCACUUCUGGCUUCCAUGGCACUGUUGCCAAGUCUUCCACAUAGAUCAGGAGAUAACACAGUUGACUGCUUUUGGCCAAGCAGCAAAAUUGCCCUGUCUACCCCCUUUUGGUUUUGUUCUUGGCUUUUUUUUAAACACAGAUUGACAGUAGGGAGGAAACUGAUUAGGGGUUGAACUGUGCCUUAAAGAAAGAUAUAGUUCUAAAACCUAUAGCACUUGUUUAGAUUCUUGUUUCUUUCCACACCCGUAUGUAUGAUUUGAACAAGCUUUAUGUAGCAAGACAUGGAAGUUUUCACUUAUAGGUCCAUGGGUGUCCUGCACCCCACCCAGAGAAGCCAGCACAAGGGUGGUAUGUUGAAGUCCGAAUGCUUGGCAUCAUGUGUUAAGAGCUUUCGUGUUCAUUCUCAGCACGCAGUUCCUACUUCUUUCCUUGUUAUCCUACAAGUAGGCUGUUCUGUCUGAGCUUGGAGCACUUCCAUGUCUUCCCAAGCAAACUGUCUUCAUAUAACCAUGUAUUAAUUCUCUACCAUUUAGUAGAAAUGAAAUUAACAGCUGCAACACCAGAGAAAAUCAUCUGUAGGUUUGAUCACUGCAGAACUGCGCCCCUGGCUGAAGGAGCAGCACAGAAGCUGGCAUAGUCUGUAAGUCAAAGGAAUCUGGAGGAGGCGAAGCUUGGGAGGUAAGCUUACAAGCAGGUAGCCCUGAAUACUGUGCAGCAGAGCUGUUCUGUUUCAUCUCAAAGCUCUGGCCAAAGGAAAAUGGGUCAGAGCUCUUCUUUUCACACUGGUGAUUACUAGUGCCCAGACACAGGUCUACCAAAGCAGCUGAGGGACUGCCUGCUGUUAAUGCAGCUCCCAAGUGUUGGUAAAAUGGUAUGAAAGAAACGGUGGCUCUUACCCCCAAAGGACAAGAAGUCUGUCACAGGCAGGUUUUUUCUUGUUGGCUAAGGCAAGGUAAUUUCAUGAGGGAUGCAGAAGAAUUUGUCCCAGUGGGCAGUAAGGAACCUUCAUCUGUGGUUUCUAGGCCUGUGUGCAGCUGGCUUUUUAAACCAACCAGUAAUUUGAGUUUGGACACUUCCAUCUGCCUUGAAGCUGUUCCAAUACCAGAAAAGCAUGCUGCUUCUUUUGCCAGGCUCCUUUCGCAGGUGGUAUGUCCUCCAUUCCGGCUUUGGUCUCCUGUGGGCUGGCAAACACGAGGGUGACUAGGAAGCACACCAGGGUGAGUGUAGUCCUCUGAGGGUACAUAAACCCCCAUUAGCCUGCAGCCCAGCUCUUAUGAACAAAUACUCCCUGUGUAUGGAGUUGCCUCCGGCCCCUCAUUCAAAUUUGCUUUUUAGUUUUAUUUUUGAAGCACCGAACCAUGAUUCUGAAUCCCCCUUCAAGAAGGCAAGCAUGAGCCACUAUGCUACUUGCUUCCCUGCUACAGGGUAGAUAUUGAGGGAUUAUGUUGGGAAGCGGAGGUGAGGAAGGUCUUGCUGAAGAGAAUGUUGAUGUACAUUAAUUGCACAAUGUAUUGUCAUUAGGCUGUAUAUCAUUUUGUGUUGACUCCUGCUUUCAUUGUCUCUGUUACCAAUACAGCCCUUUUAGUUCGCAACAGUGCUUGUUCACUUUGCUUCCCACAGAAUUCUGUUUGGCAGCAUGUUAGCGUGGAGACAGAAGUGCCUCGCACCAUUGAAUUUUCAAGGCGUGCCCCUUUUAAUGGCUUUCCUGAAAUGUCAGAGCACACUGAGGGCUACCUAGUGUAUCUUGCUUCACCAGAGAGUGGACUACAGGUACCAGUUCCUAGCACUCCUAUGCAGCAUAUGAGGCUGCUUUUCCACUCAGUGCAAACACUUGAGUAGAUUCCAUGCCACAACAAACCAAUCUGCUGACCAGGUAUGUUAAAUGCCUAAUCCCUUCUAGGCUUACUAUGGUGCAGUGUGUGUCAGCAGGGAGAAUGUAAGAUGAGAAGAAAGCAGAGGCUGAGAGAUAUUACAAAACAGGAAAAAAAGGAAACCAAGGAAGUUACAAGGUUUAAUUAUUUUAUUUAAAGCCCUUGCAGUGGCACUUCCAUCCCUAGGACUUGAUAGUUCAAUUUGUUCUUCAAGUGUUGAUUCUCAAAGGCACAGAAUGGCUACCAAGCCUUGAUGCACUGGAGAGGUAGGUAGCUCUCAAAGCCCAGGUACCCACAUCUCAAGCUGGAUGUUGCCUGCUUACAGAGAGAUACCUACCUCCCCAUCUGGUUUUGUGGAGGUAGGAUUCCUCUGGUCCUUCAGGUCAGUGUGGAGGAGGUACCAUACUUAUUUAGAUCAGCUCUGGGAACACCUGGAAUCUUGGUCACAAUACCAAAGUUACCCUUUGAGAGUUUAGUGUCCCUUCAGCUUAUGGCUGAGUCACAGGAACAAAGGUGGCAUGUAUUCUGGCAGGGCUGGGCAGAGAGCACUUGUCUGAAGCCACAGAGGUCCUCUUCAAAAUAGAGAAUGUAUUGCCUUCCUGCAUCAGGCUGGAUGGUCUACACUGCAUUUGGAGUAAGACAGCACCAUCUUCAGCUCUGCUUGACCACGCUUCUAGCCAGAAGUGUGCUUGGUUUCUCCUUUGUCUCCUGUCCCCCUGCUAUUCUCAGAGCAAGAUUCCCUGCAAUGAGGCUUGGAAAGGAUGAGCAGUAACAGCAAUCUGAAAUGCUGAUCCUUACCCUUGGCAGAGGCACAGCAGUGAGAGGAGGAAGAGCUCUUUGCAUGAGAGUCAUUUGGUCAGCAGGGAGAAUUCUUGAGUGCAAUCACACUGUCCAGAAGGCAUAAAUAAGAGCAAUCAGCAGUCCCACAGACACAGCAAGGGCAGCAUUCUUGCGGUUCUCCUUAUGAAGCGCACUCAGUUCUUUCUCUGGGAAACAAACAAAAGCCUUGGCUGUGAGUGUUCUCUGUGUUGCAUCUGCAUCUCCUUUCAAAAAAUGUCUUUAACAGCACAAUGCUACCUUGGUCAUGGGCAACUCUUCUGAGAUCAGUAUGCAAAGCUGCCAAUCAAAGAUGUGCUGAACAGGAACUGAACUAGCAGGAACCCUUUCAUUUGCUCUUACCCUCUCAACCUCAGUAGCUGCACUUGGGAAUACUUCAGUGCCAAACCAGCUCCUGUUUGCAAAUGAUCUUGUUCUAGGAGCCUACUUAGGACAGCAUGGGUCAUUAGAAUAAUUGCUUGAUCUCUUAAAAGAAUGUGGAAGACUAAUAAGAGAGCUAUUUCUACUGUCUUUUAGAUGUAGCAGUCUGCUAAAUAUACUGUAGCCACCACUGAAUGUUGCAGAAUCUGGGUUUCCUCUUGUCCCCCCAAGUGUUGAACAGGUCUGAGGCUGGACCCUUAACUCUGUUGGGGCCUGCAGCUUUCCCUGACCCUGGUUUACAAAAGGGGAAACACAGUUGCAAGGAUGAAGGAAGUGGCUACCAGAAGGAGGAGUUCUACUGAUCUCUGCUUCUGUUCCAUUUGCUUUCCCAGAGUCUGAUUCUCGCUAGCUCUGUUCCACAAGACUUUGCUUGGUGGUACAGGCAAGAAGUGAGGUCUAUAGCACUACACCCUGCACGGCCACACAGCUUAACUAUUGUGUGAGGCAAGGUUGGAUGCAGACUCCAGACUGCUUUUGCUGCUGCAGGAGCUACAUGGGUUACUGUCGCUAUACUUUCCGUGAGCAGCCUCCAGUGGGAAUACCCUGGUGCUGCAGGUUUCCAUACUGGUGCUAGCAUCAAAGGAAGCUUUUAGCUGUCCUUUCUGCCCCUGUUCUUCCCACAGGACAAGCCUGCUCAUGCAACCACAGAGCAAACUGCUUGAAAUCUGUAAGGUCACAGAGGGGGUGGUAAGGGUAAGCAGUCAUGUAACCCCAGGCAGCUUAAACAGAAGGAGCAACGCUGUUGUCAGCAGUUGCUGUUUGUGGCCUAAUAUGUGUCAGCUGGAAUAAGCAGAGAUUUAAUCAGAGGCCAUAGCAGUGAUCUAAACAGUAUGCACAUGCACUGUCUGUUCUGUUCCAAGAGGAGCAGCCAUCACCAUUAGGUGAGGCUGUUGCUGCUACCUGAGCAGCCUGCUACAUUGCUCUGUUCAUGGGCUAGUGGUGAUAGGUGGCUGCUGGUAAAAGGGUGGCAGGAAUGUGCAGGGUCUUAUGCCAUUUCUAGUGGUAGGUCCUUAGGGAACAGCUUUGAAUCUGUUUAAAAUAACUUAGUCAUAGAAUCACAGAAUAGUCAAGGUUGGAAAGGACCUUAAGAUCAUCUAGUUCCAACCCCCCUGCCAUGGGCAAGGGCACCACACACUAAACCAUGUCACCCAAGGCUCUGUCCAGCCUGGCCUUGAACACUGCCAGGGAUGGAUUUUCUGGAAAUAGCCAUUUAACAUGAGUUAAAAUUACGAAUUUGCUGACCAUACCACAGUUUUCAACUUUCCAGACCUAAAAGGAUACUUGUGCUUCCUUCCUCUGUGUGAGCUAUGGUGCUUGCACUGCUGCGGAGUAUUGUCAAGCAGUCAACAGCCUGAAGACAUUAAAAGCAGCAUCCCUAGUUGAAUGGAAAUGCUGUCAAACCUG